AUGAAUUCACGCAGUCCUCUUCCAGAAGAGUCAUUUGUUCCUUCUGUGGUCUCUCUGUUUGAGCAAGCUCGCAAGAAUUCACCUUGCGAAACUCCUCGUUCAUCCCCGCGCCAGCCACCACCGAUCCCUCUCCUUCGUGAGAGACCUGCUACUCAGCCCAAGCCUGAGCAACACAAGCCCGAACAACUGGCCCUACAGAACCUUCGUGUGAAUGAUCCGGCUGUCAAUACUCCCGAUACUCCUGGUGAGUUCUUCGAUGCCAAACAGGAGCAGAACCCCUCUCCUGUCCCGUCGGAGAGGUCUGAGAGGCCUACCACGCCUGAUCUCACUGUUGGCCCGGCCACUGGCCCAACCACUCCUGCAGGUUCUCCCAAGAAGAGCUGCGUAAAGAGCCCCGAGCCAAAACAUAAAUCUCCUCGCUCGGUGGGCUUCGUUGAAGACUCUCCCUGUUCCCCUCACGACGGCACUCCGCCCGAGAAGGUGGAGGUCAGCAGCAUGUAUCGGGGUAUGGAGGACACCAACGUCCACCUCAUUUUGAAGCCUGUGACCAACCUGUCGGCCAAGCCCAUCAUCCACAAGGCUCACAGGGCUGUUCUCUCGCACAGCAGCCCUUUCCUUGCAGAAGCCCUGCGAGCCCAGAAUGCAAGUGAUGACAAAAUCACUCCCAUCAACAUUCACACUGGCGCUCGGUUCAGCGCCAUGACUUCCUUUGGCUUGGCUCUUCAGGUUCUGUACGGAUGGCUCCUGGUUUCUCAUCAGAAUCUUCGUUCGGAGACCCUGAAAGGAUUGGGCUACAAUCCCGAGAAAUCCGACAGCACGUUGCCAUUCUCAAUUCGGUUGGCCAAGACUGACUUUGCCCUCUGCUACGCUGCAGUCGGUGCUUUCCUGGGCUGCUCUAACAUUGUCAAAUGUGGAAUACAGUUAGCUCUUGACCUCCUUGACUGGGAGACUGUUGAUUUCCUUCUCUGCUUUGUUCUUCAUGUCGACGAAUACAUGCUGACUUGCCCAGAGAUUCGUGUUGCUUCGCCCGAUGUCCCCCCCGACACUUCUCAGGCUGGGAAGGUCGGUGAUGAAUACCUUGCUGAUUUCCACUUGGUGCAGGCAAACCUGGUCAUGAAAGCUGUCUUCAAGUACAUGGCUGAGAACCUCAGGCCCGGGUUCGAGCUCUAUGAGCGUGCCCAGGCAUCUUACACCAAGACUCGCAUUCCACCCGCCAUCUGGACUCUCCCUGGCUCCUUGACGUCCAACAUCAGGCUCGAGUCUAUUCGCUAUGGAAACCAGCCCUCCUAUGCCGACCUGAAACCGAAGCGCAUGGACAUCAACGUCUUGUCUGCCAUGCUCAUUACACUUCCGUUCCACAUGUUCAUGCCACUGAUCGAUGAGCUAAAAAAGGCCCCCAUGAUGACGCUGGCCCUGAUGAAGAAGGUUGUCGAGAAGCGCGAGGAACGCCGCCUGCAUGCGCUGUACAUUCGAGUCCAGCGCAAAAUUAAGCCGGGAGUCAUUCCCCAGGCCUACCUCGAUGAACUAGCCUACCGCGAAUUCCUCACACCCGAGCGACCUGGUGACAGUAAUGUCGUUACUGCUACGAUCCAGCGUGUCUGGGUUGGACUCGACUUCCCCAACCAGGCUGCUCGGACUCCACGCCCUGCCACUGCGGCAGAUACCCAGGAUCCCAGUGGUCCUGCCCCAAAUGCUGAGGCCUCCAGUGUUCCUGGUGCGAGCACCGAGGCGCCCACUGCCAGUGCAAAAAAGAACAAGAACCGGAAAAAGAACAGGAAGAAGCACUAA